CCACCCCGCCCCGCCAGCGCGGCCCGGGCCUUCGGCUGUCCGGGCCCGCUCUCCUUUCUGCCGGUGUCGCCGUCCUGCUUCUCGGAGGCGUCAUGAGGUCCCCGACUGGGGGCCUGGCCUCGAGCGAUGGCGAGGAGGGCUCAGAUAGGACGCCGCUCCUGCCGAGCGCCCCGCGGGUUGAAGCCGCUCCAGCGUGCUGCUCUGCUCGCUACAACUUAGCAGUUUUGGCUUUUUUUGGUUUCUUCGUUCUCUAUGCAUUACGUGUGAAUCUGAGUGUUGCGUUAGUGGAUAUGGUAGAUUCAAAUACAACUUCAGCAGAUAACAGAACUUCUAAGGAGUGUGCAGAGCAUUCUGCUCCCAUAAAAGUUCUUCACAAUCAAACGGGUAAAAGGUACCAGUGGGAUGCAGAAACUCAAGGAUGGAUUCUCGGUUCCUUUUUUUAUGGCUACAUCAUCACCCAGAUUCCUGGAGGAUAUAUUGCGAGCAAAGUGGGGGGGAAACUGCUGCUAGGAUUUGGGAUCCUUGGCACUGCUGUCUUCACCCUGUUCACUCCCAUUGCUGCAGAUUUUGGAGUUGCAGCCCUCAUUGUACUCAGGGCACUAGAAGGACUGGGAGAGGGUGUUACAUUUCCAGCUAUGCAUGCCAUGUGGUCUUCUUGGGCUCCCCCUCUUGAAAGAAGCAAGCUUCUUAGCAUUUCAUAUGCAGGAGCACAGCUUGGGACAGUAAUUUCUCUUCCUCUUUCUGGAAUAAUUUGUUUCUAUAUGGAUUGGACUUAUGUUUUCUACCUUUUUGGUAUAGUUGGCAUCAUUUGGUUUAUUUUAUGGAUCUUUUUAGUUAGUGAAACGCCAGAAACUCACAAGACAAUCUCCCGCCAUGAAAAAGAAUAUAUUCUUUCAUCAUUAAAAAAUCAGCUUUCUUCACAGAAGUCAGUGCCGUGGAUACCCAUGCUAAAAUCACUGCCUCUUUGGGCUAUUGUAGUUGCACAUUUUUCUUACAACUGGACUUUUUAUACUUUAUUGACGUUAUUGCCUACUUACAUGAAGGAGAUCCUAAGGUUCAAUGUUCAAGAGAAUGGGCUUCUAUCCGCACUGCCUUAUUUUGGCUGUUGGUUAUGUAUGAUCCUGUCUGGUCAAGCUGCUGACAAUUUAAGGGCAAAAUGGAAUUAUUCAACAAUAUGUGUCCGAAGAGUUUUUAGCCUGAUAGGAAUGAUUGGACCUGCGGUAUUCUUGGUAGCCGCUGGAUUUAUAGGUUGUGAUUAUUCAUUGGCUGUUGCAUUCUUAACCAUAUCAACAACACUGGGAGGCUUUUGCUCUUCUGGAUUUAGCAUCAACCAUCUGGAUAUUGCUCCUUCAUGGGCUGCUUUUUGCUGGGUGCUCACAUGGCCUUUCUCCAGUGUGUCUGCAGGCAUGCAUACAUCUGUGCAGAGAGAGAAAGAGUUCCAGUGUCUCUCACUCUUCAUAUAAGGGCACCCAUACAAUAGAUGGGACUUGACAAUAGAUUAGACCUGAAGAGUAAGGAGAGGUCAAGUGUGAUGAUUUCCAGACAUUCUGCAUCUGCAGCUGGAUAGAUGGAUGUGCCACUUAUUGGAAUUGGGAUACCUGAAGGAGGAAGAGUCUUGGGGGAAGAUAAAAAUUUCAGACAUGUUAAAUUUUAGAUAUUUGUGAAAACAUCUAGAAAAUUGUAGUUAUAGGCAGUUGGAUUUAUGGAUCUGGAACUCAGAAGAGCAUUCUGAUUGGAAAUGAAAAUUAGGCAAUAGUAAUCCACAUUUUGAAGUAUUGAAAGAUAAGCAUUGCCUUGGGAGAGAGUGACAAGUGAUCCCAAGACUGGAUCUUGGCAAACAUUUAGCACCCAGAAAGAGGGGAAAUAACCAGAAAAGGAAACUAAAAAGGAACAAGAGAGAUAGAAGGAAAAUCAAGAAUGUGUUGUCAAGAAAGCCAAGAUUAUCCAGUCUUCAAUUCAAGGAGGGGCUCUGGAUAAUAGAUAAAAAUUUAGGAGUCAUCAACAUAUGAGUAGUAGAUAAAGCCACAGCAUUGGAUAAAAUUACUCAGGAAAUAAUGAAAACCUUGGGAAUUCAUCAAGAGAAAGAAGAACCUGAUGCAAGAGUAAUUGAAAGAUGCAACAGGAAAAAGAGAAGGAAAAUAAGCUGAGAUUGGGAUCCCCAAAGGGAGGGCUUGAUCAACAGUGUCAGAUGCCACAGAGAAGUCAAGUAAAGCAAGAAUGAAAAUAUUCCUCUCCAUAUGGAGAAGUUCUUUAAACAUCUUGGUGAAAAUGUUUCCAUAGAACAAGGAGAAGGAAGUUAGGUUGCAGUGACUUAUGAAAUGAAUGGAACGAUAAGGAAGUGAAGACCGCCAACAUAAAGCAGUGAUUUUGAAAAUGGGAUCCUUAGCCCAUCCACAUCAAAAUCAUCAGGAGUGCUUGUUAAAAAUAAAGCAGAAUAAUUGAUCACAGGGCUAGGGAAGGACUCUGCAUUUUGUUGCUCCUCCAGGUGGUUUUCAUGGACAUUAAAAUUUGAGAACCACUGCCAAUAAACAACUAUUUCAAAACUAUAAACUAUGAAGGGAAAGAGAAAAAGCUAAAGAUGGACACAUAUCGAUGGAAGAUUGUUUGGGGGUUUUUUUAAGGCAAAAGAGACCCAGGUUGUACAUAUAGUGAGAAAAGAAGUCCAAUAAACAAUGAAAGGUUAAAGCUGAAAGAAAGAAGUGACAGUUACUGAUUGGUAGAAGUCAGGAAGGGAUGAGAAUCAGAGCCCAAGUGGAGGGAUUAGCUUUCAAAUGAGAAGAAAUGGAAGGUAGUAAAGUGGGUUCAGUUAAAGAAAAGUUUUGAGGUGAGUGAGAUGAGAACUUGAGGAUUGUAGUGAUUCAAAAUAUGUCCACACAUUCUUCAACACUUGGAGGGAACACUCCUUUGAGUGUGGGCUGGAUUUAGUGACUUGUUUCUAAUGAUAUGGUAAAAGUAGUGAUAUCUGACUAGGUCAUAAAAGGCCUC